CAACUAUUUUUGCCAAAUUCUCAUAGCUUCUUCUCUACGCUUCCCUGCUUCUGAAAUUUUCACUCUGCUACCGCCAAAUCCUCCAUUCUUUAGAAGCGCUUAACACUUCCAGCGGAGAUCGUCCGGUAGAUGUAAGAAAAAUGGCUGAAGGGGAGCCUUGGAGCAACAUUAAAAGUUGUCUCUGGUCACAGGUUCGAGCUGUGGAAGCAGUCACUAAUGCUUGAAUUAGGGCAGGCUGUCUAUAUCACAUCCAUGGGGUGUGACCCUUUUCGAUCCCUGUGUGAACACGAGAUGCUUUGUGCACUGGCUGCUGCCGUGUCAUGUAAAAAAUGACUGGGAUCUCCAGUUUUUGGUUUCUGGAGAACAGUUGAAUGCUUAGCCCAUUUUGCUUAGGGAUCACAUAUCCACACUCUGCAGCAGCAGCAAUUCUUUACUGAACCUACCACACUGCAUACUUCAAUUAGGUAGGUAUUUGUUUUUGUUUGUUGGUUUGUUUGCCUGAUGUUAGAGUUUGAUGUUUUUAUUUUAUUUUCUUCUACAUUACAAUGGGAGAACAUUCUGAAUUAUCGUAGUCAUUGGUAGUUGUUUUAGUUGAAAGGUGGAAGAGGAUAGGAGUUAACCGAUAGUUGAAGAAGUGAAAGAGGGGUAGGGAGGAUCCGAGGCAACCAGCAAGACUGUUUAGUAGCUAGUAUUUUUUAUUGUGGUUGCAUGUGGGGAAGUUAUAGUUUUGCACUUAAAAAAGCAUAAUUUACUAUUUUCAUUCUUGUGUAGGGAAGUAAUAUGCUUUAUGAUGCAUAGAUUUUUCAUGUUUCUUUGGCUAACUUAGGCACUUUUUUAUGUCUGGACAAAAUUAAGUAGCAUCUAGCAUAAAGGAUCCCCACGAUGCAGCUUCUGCUAUCUUUAUAGCUGGAGAUUAGUGACUCGGGACUUAAGAAUGUGUAGAUGACAGUCAUCUUAUAUAUUAUUGUGUAUCUAUGGUCUCUAGUGUCUGAAGCUAGCGCUUUUUGAAUAUUUUUGUGCUGGAUUUUAUCUUAUAUGGAUUCCAACCCAGCAAGAAUCUGAACUGGAACUGGUCCAAAAAUUAUUGGUGUAGUAGUGGGCCUUGUUCGUGCUUCUCUGUCUCACUGUCUCCACAUGGGCACUGCUUAUCGAAUCUUAGUUACAAGAAACCUUGUUUUUGAUACUCAGCUAGUAAAAAAUGCAAAAUGACACUAAAAUUACAUUAGUUAAACACUUUGUAAUCCUUUAACAUAAACUAAGAUGGGGUAAGUCUUAUCGCAAACAAAAAGAGAAUACACAAAGAAGAUCUGCAGCUCCUUGCUUAAAUUGUUCUCUCUAGUCUCUGUGCAAGUGUAACUGAGCGAUUCACUGGCUGGAGUUUGUCAGUUCAGUAGAAUUUUGUCUCGGUGUCAUUCAUUCAUUGGUAAGAUUAUUGUUUAGAUGGGCUUAUAAAAAGUAACUUAUAAGUCAAAAGCUAAAAGUCAUAAGUAGAUGAUACCCUACUUUUGACUUUUGGCUUAUUUUAAAACUUUUUUGGCCUAAAAGUAAGUGCUUAAAAGCACACCUCCAAAACUUUUAAAAAAUGCUUAUAAAUCAAAAGUACCUAAAAAUAAGUUAAUCCAAACGGGCACUAAAUCAUCUCUUCUGACUUCUCCUAAUUCAACCAAAAAUAGUUCCUGAUAGAGAUGUAUUAGUCAAAGUAAUUUAAUUAUGUAUGAAAGAUCUUAAACUAUAUGAUGUGAAAUAACAUUCCUGGAGGAGCCCAUUGACGUCCUACACCAGCUAUUCAUUAUUGACAAUUGCCGUAGCAAUCAUUCGUCAGACAAAUUUCAGUGGAUAUGCUUUCCAUUUGAGACUAUUCCCUAGCCAGGUAUAGGGUCCAAUUAAUCCUUACUAGCUUUGUACUAAUAUUGCAAUACUUGUGUUCUCCCUUCAACUGGUGGAUUUAGGUUAUAGAGCAGGUGCGAUCACACCUACUUUGGACACGAGUGGAAACAAUAAUAGUUAAAGUAAGUAUUUAUAUAUCAAGAAACGAAAUUUGAUAUCAGCUGGUUCGAUAUGUACCUCGAUGGUUUUGUGCAGACAUGGAAGGCCAAAUAAAACUAGGUAAAUGCCACAAUAAACUUACGCAUUUCUUUACUGGUAAAUAAAUUUAAUUUGCUAGUACCUUUAUAAAGCAAGAAUAAAAUUGAUGAAAAAUGAAACAAAAAAACAGGUAUUGUCAACUCUACGGAUGAGAAUAGUCCCCACCCACAUUGAAAAUGCUACUAUGUCUUUUGGCGCCAUUUUCUCAUCUUUCUUUGAAACUUUGUCCACAAACUAAAUCCUUUUCAACUAUAAUUGACCCUCAUCCUUCACGUAAUACCUGUAAUACCACUGGCAUGGCAUGUCUGCUAUAGGGGCUACUUUCUUCCAAGGUCUAUAAUGGGAAUUGUACCAAUUCCAUGAUAGAUAAUGAGAGAUGAUAAUACAUAAUGCAAUUAUUACGGGGCUAGAUAUUGUUGAUUAUAUGCUCUUAUGAGGGAAAAAUUUAACUUACAGAAGUAAAGAAAAGAGCAACAAACAUGUCUUUCUAUUGUUUGCUUCAUUAGGAAAUAGUUUUAAGGGAAAACAAAUGAACAUGGUUAAGGCCCGUAAAAAGAUUCGAUCACUCAUGGUGGAUGACAUGUUGAUCUUGAUAAUGAACAACCCUCUACUGUAAACAAUAUGUCCACUAAAAAGAAGGAGCUUCUUUCCUCUGCUAAGAAGAGGACCUCUGAAUGGAUUUUCUCCCAAGAGAUCCCAAGUGAUGUUACUAUAAAUGCCGGAGGAAUCUCCUUUACACUGCACAAGUUCCCAUUAGUUUCAAAGAGUGGAUACAUAGGGAAGUUGGUCUUGGAAUCCAAUGAUGCUGACGUUUCUACAAUCGAAAUCCCUGAUAUACCCGGUGGAGGGGAGGCGUUUGAAUUUGCAGCAAAGUUUUGUUAUGGAAUAAAUUUUGAGAUGAGCACAGAAAACAUUGCCUUGCUGAGAUGUGUGGCGGAAUAUCUUGAGAUGACAGAAGACUAUGCAGUUGCAAAUUUGGUGGGAAGAACUGAGGCCUACUUUAGUGAAGUAGCAAUUAAGAGCAUUGCUGGUGCAGUUACAAUUUUGCAUUCAUCAGAAAAUCUUAUUCCCAUUGCAGUGAAAGUAAAAUUGGUGAGUCGAUGCAUAGACACAAUUGCAUAUAUAGCCUGUAAGGAUAACCAAUUCUCCACAUCAGGUAGAGCAGAAGCUGGUAUCAACGGAUUGACUUCAUCCAUGUUUUCAAACCCGAAGCCUAUAGUUGACUGGUGGUCUGAGGAUUUAACCGUUCUUAGAAUUUAUUUUUUCCAAAGGGUUCUGAUUGCAAUGAUGGGAAGGGGAUUCAAGCAGUAUGCACGUGGACCAAUAUUAAUGCUGUAUGCACAGAUGUCUCUUCAAUGUUUGGAAAUAUUUGGAAAGGGAAGGAAAAAGAUUGAACCAAAACAAGAACAUGAAAAAAGGGUUGUUUUAGAAACCAUCGUUGGUCUUCUGCCAAGGGAGAAAAAUGCAUUGUCCGUUAGCUUUCUGUCAAUGCUGCUCCGAGCUGCAAUAUAUCUGCAGACCACGAUUGCUUGCAUCGACUUGGAGAAGAGGAUGGCAUUGCAGCUUGGACAGGCUGUAUUGGAUGAUCUGUUAAUUCCUUCAUAUUCCUUCACAGGGGACACUUUGUUUGAUGUUGAAACCAUGCAGCGUAUUAUGAUGAAUUUCCUUGACCCUGAUAUGGAGGAAAAUCGAUUGGGAGAUGAAGAAUAUAAUGAGUCUCAUUCAUUAAGAGACAUGGAGCAGGUUGGGAAACUUAUGGAAAAUUACCUUGCUGAAAUAGCUUCUGACCGUAAUCUAUCCAUCACAAGCUUCAUUAAUCUUGCUGAAGUCAUUCCAGAGCAAGAAAGAAUCACUGAAGAUGGGAUGUACAGGGCCAUUGACAUUUAUUUUAAGGCACAUCCAGCUCUAAGCGACAUGGAAAGGAAAAAGGUUUGCGGUGUUAUGGACUGUCAAAAGCUCUCUCGAGAAGCUUGUGCUCAUGCGGCUCAGAAUGAUAGGCUCCCUGUUCAGACAGUUGUGCAAGUACUUUACUAUGAGCAGCAACGUCUUCGCAAUGUCAUGGAUGGGAGCCAUCUUGUAGCAACCAAACCUCCUGCUCUUGUCCCUUCCAAAAUGAAUCAUCAGUUCUCUACUGACCCCAUUUCAGACGAGGUCUCGAGUCUAAAACGAGAAAAUCAGGAGCUGAAAUUUGAGCUGUUGAAAAUGAAGACGAGGUUGAUGGAAAUUGAAAAACCGAAUUCAAACAGAUCAGUUACAAGCAGCCCUUUGGUCAUCACUCAUCCAUCUGCUGGUAAACCUCCUUUGCCAAGAAAAUCUAACUUCAUGAGCUCAGUCUCGAAAAAGCUCGGAAGAUAUUCGAGCUGAUGGACUCACGCAGGCAAAACUCGAAAUAAACCAAGCAAAGAUAGACGUCAUUCCAUAUCAUGAUUUGAGCUAGCUAUAUUUGUAUUAUUGUCUAAAUAUGGUACGGUACUGCAUUCAAAAUUUAAUUUUAAAUUUAAUGAUGCAAGUUUAUAUGGUAAUUGGUAAAGUUUAUAUUA